ACACGUCAAAUGUCUACAUUACCCUUCUCUUCCUAUGGUCGGUUCGCUUACCUUUCUCCACGCUUCAAUUUCAUUUGCACCCAACUGCAACACACACACACAUACGUAUAAGCUGUAUAUCCAUCUCCCGGAUCUUCGAAAAUGCCGGUUCGAGCAAGACGAGCGUCGUUUCCGGAGGUGGUUAUUGAGAGGGAUACCGAUACCGAGGAAAGUUCAGAGGAAGAAGAAGAAGAAGAGGUAGAAGACGACGCCGUUGAGUUGGAUGAUCCCGAAGAAGAAGAAGAAGUCGUAGAGGUAAAAGGUAAAGAAGAUGAAGAAGGUUCUUCUGCUGCUGCCAUUAACAAUAAGAAAGGGAAAUCACCUAUUACUAUCAGUCUUAAGAAAGUCUGUAAGGUCUGUAAGAAAACGGGUCAUCAAGCAGGGUUUCAAGGAGCUACUUACAUCGAUUGCCCUAUGAAACCAUGUUUUCUCUGCAAAUUGCCUGGUCAUACGACAGUUAAUUGUCCACAUCGAGCAGCAAUUGAGUUUGGGGUUAUUCCAGCUUCUCGUAAACGAACACAUAACUCUUUGGAUUAUGUAUUCGAACGUCAAUUGCGGCAUAGAGUUCCUUCGAUAAAACCAGCAUUUGUGAUCCCAGAUGAAGUAAAGUGUGCAGUGAUCAGAUACCAUAGCAGACGAAUAACAUGCUUGGAAUUCCAUCCAACUAAUAACAAUAUUCUCUUAUCGGGGGACAAGAAAGGACAACUAGGAGUUUGGGACUUCAGCAAGGUGUAUGAGAAGACUGUAUAUGGAAACAUACAUAGCUGCUUACUCAAUAAUAUGAAGUUUAGUCCAGCAAAUGAUGGAACAAUAUAUGCAGCAUCUUCAGAUGGAACCGUCAGUUGCACCGACUUGGAGACUGGUUUGUCAACGUCGUUGAUGGACCUCAAUCCUAAUGGGUGGCAGGGAGGUAACAGUUGGAGAAUGCUGUAUGGUAUGGACUUGAAUGCAGAGAAAGGUCUUGUGCUAGUUGCGGAUAAUUUUGGAUUCGUUCACUUGGUGGAUGUACGAUCCAAUUCUAAAAAAGGAGAUUCGAUUCUGAUCCAUAAGAAAGGGACUAAAGUUGUGGGACUACACUGCAACCCUGUUCAACCAGAUCUUCUAUUAAGUUGUGGAAAUGAUCACUUUGCUCGUAUAUGGGACAUUCGCCGCUUAGAAGCUGAAUCUUUUCUUCACGGGCUUCCCCACACACGGGUGGUUAACUCUGCUUAUUUUUCUCCUCUAAGUGGGAGCAAAAUAGUUACCACAUCAAUAGAUAAUCGAAUUCGUGUGUGGGACUCUAUCUUUGGCAACUUGGAUGCCCCGAGUCGGGAAAUUGUGCACAGUCAUGAUUUUAAUCGGCACUUGACUCCCUUUCGAGCGGAAUGGGACCCAAAGGAUCCAUCGGAGUCCCUUGUGGUUGUUGGGCGAUACAUCAGUGAAAACUACAAUGGAGCUGCCUUGCAUCCUAUUGAUUUUAUAGACAUCAGCACCGGUCAACUAGUUGCUGAGGUCAUGGAUCCAAACAUAACUACGAUCAGUCCUGUGAACAAAUUGCAUCCACGAGAUGAUGUCUUGGCAUCUGGUAGUUCGAGGUCACUGUUCAUUUGGAGGCCCAAGGAGAAGUUGGAGAUGGUGCAAGAGAAGGAGAGAAAAAUCGUAGUUUGUGAUAGAAAGAAUAGCAAGAAGUUUGGACAUGGAAGUGACGACGACGAUGAUUCCGGGGAUGAUGAUUUUUCGAGUAAAAAAGGUAAGAGCUUAAAGUCGAAAUCCAGAAAACCCAAUUUAGCGAUAGCUUCAUGCAGCAAGAAGAAGAAGAAAUCCUAAAAGCCAAGGUUGUCUGUAUGUAUGUCAAUAGUGCUUAAUCUUGUUUUGUUUUUUGGGGGGAUGUAGAUUGAUAUAAUGGCUUUUGGGAUUUUGUAGCAUUCUAUGCUCAUUGUAGAUAUGUCUUGCCAUAGUUUUGUGAAAUUGUUGUAUGGCAGAAGUUACUCCCACUUAC